AUGGCCACACUAGACAUAAAUGAUGCCGCCGUCCAAGGCAAAGGCAAAAACGACGUCGAGGCAUAUGAUGUCGUCACCUUGCCGCAGCUCAACUCUACCACUGAGCGCCGUUUGAUGGCCAAGGUUGAUUUGCAUGUUCUGCCGUUUCUAUGCGUGCUGUAUCUCAUGGCUUUUCUUGAUCGUGUGAAUAUCAGUAAUGCAGUCCUUUUCGGGCUUGAGACAGAUCUGAAUAUCACUACGGGGACAAAGUAUAAUACUGCUUUGACUAUUUUCUUUGUUCCUUAUAUCAUUUUCGAGAUACCCUCCAACAUUCUUUUGAAGAAACUCAAACCUCACGUGUGGUUAUCAUUCUGUAUGGGAAUGUUUGGAUUCGUUAUGGUGAUGCAGGGCCUCGUACAAAGUUGGAGUGGUUUAAUGGCCGCUCGUUUCUUCCUCGGUGUAUUUGAAACUGGAAUGUUUCCAGGAUGUUUCUAUCUCAUGUCAUGCUGGUACAAGCGAAGCGAAGCCCAGAAGCGCUUUUCUUUCUUCUUCAGCUCGACCACUCUGGCCGGCGCAUUUGGUGGCCUUUUGGCCUACGGAAUCGGGCAAAUGAACGGAACCCGAGGUUAUAGAGGCUGGCGCUGGAUAUUUAUAAUUGAGGGCUUAUUGACCAUAGUUCUUGCUGCAAUUUCGUUCUGGACGCUUCCUGAUUUUCCGGAAACAGUACGCUGGCUUAACGAGGAAGAACGGAGUUUCCUGAAAGCGAAGCUGGAGAAGGAUGGUGGGAAAUCGGCUCAUUCGCAGUCUAUCUCGUUCAGGGAUGCUCUUGCUGUGUUCAAGGAUUCCCUAACCACACAGCUGUAUUCGAUCCCUCCAUGGGCUGCAGCCUUUGGAUUCUCUCUCUUGGUCGCCUACUUCUCCGACAGACUACGCCAUCGCUUCAUCUUCACUCUCAUUCCAAUCUGCGUUUCACUUGCAGGCUUAGCAAUGUUACUCAACAUCCACGACAAUCGACAUGCUGAGUACGGAGCAUUGUUCUUGGUAACGUCAGGCACUUACUCUGCAAUGCCCGUGGUUGUCUGCUGGUUUGCAAUGAAUCUAGGCGGACAUAAGAGGAGAAGUGUUGGAACAGCCUGGCAAGUUGGCUUUGGCAAUAUCGGCGGAAUCAUUGCCACCUAUUCAUUCCUCUCCAAAGAUGCUCCGGAAUAUCGCAACGGCUAUAUAAUUUGCAUCUCCUUCAGUUGCCUGUCAGCCGCAGCAUGCGUGGCAUAUUUCCUUUGCAUUUGGCAUGAAAAUCGCCAGCGCGACCGUAAUGCCGCCAGUAAUCCUGAGGCUACAAUUGGUGAGGAUGAGACGGAGCUUUUGGGAGAUCUGGCACCCAACUAUCGCUACGCAUACUAG